AUGAGUCUCAAGGACGAAAACAAUGGCGGCAGCGAUGGCGCCGACUACAAAUCGGGUACGGUUGAUUCCGCGGCCGGCCGGCAGUUACCCGUCGACAGCCCAGAGGCCGGGACGACUAAUGCCCUCCAUAAAAAUCUCAAGGGCAGGCACAUGCAGAUGAUUGCCAUUGGUGGUGCAAUUGGUGCCGGCCUGUUCAUCGGUUCUGGAACUGCUUUCCAGACUGGUGGACCUGCUUCUGUUUUUCUUGGUUUCCUAAUUGUUGGUGUCAUGGUAUACCUCAUGAUGCAGGCCCUCGCCGAAAUGACUGUCCUGUAUCCGAUCAACGGUGCCUUCACCAUGUACAUCUGCCGCUUCGUUGACCCCUCCUUCGGGUGGGCGUGCGGCAUCGAGUACGCCAUCAGCUGGCUGACUGUGCUUCCCUUUGAGAUCUCCGCUGCUUGCAACAUGAUCCAUUUCUGGCCGGGUUCGCACGGUAUUAACAACAGUGCUUGGAUCGUCCCGCUACUUGUCGCCUUGGUGGUCAUUCAAUUCUUCGGCGUCAGGGGAUACGGCGAGGUAUGGCCCCAGCUGCCUGAAAAGUUCCCAGCCUUGAGAUUUAUGGACAAUGAGCUGACCGAUUAUUGA